UCAGGCGGAAGGGGCUGAGGAGCGGAGCGGCCAGCUACAAAGGGGCACGGUCCAGUUCAAGCAUGCACGUGACGAAAACCUCCCUACCAAAAGUGGCAGCUGCCUCUCCGUGAGAAGGGUGGCGGAGGAGGAGGAGGAGGAGGAGGAGGAGGAGGAAGGAGGGGAGGAGAGGCAAGCAGGAGGAGGAGCGCCGCGGGGCCUCUUCGGGCCGGGCCGGCCGCACGCGGAGCGGCCCAUCCGACUUGUACAGCGGCUACAGAAGCUAGGACGGCGCCCCAGCCUGCCGCACCGGCCGGGACACCAGCUGCCAUGCCCAGAGCCAUGGGCACCCUACAAGGCCCUCUACCCAUGGGCCCCACGGGGUCUCGGUGUGUCCUGCGGCCCACGCCCCCAUCCGCCCACCCUGACGGCCAGCACUGCCAGGCACCCCUGCCAUCACCCCACGGGAGGGAGCCCCGCCGCCCUCAGCCCUCAGCGGCGGACGUCGCCGCGGCACGUCGGACAGGUCGUCGCCUCCUGCAGCCACCUCUCGCAGCACUCCUGGUGCAUCGUGUGGCCACAGGGCAAGCGGCGCACGGACGUCGACGCCUCGAACACGUCCAGGCACACUGGGCACGCCUCCCCCGAGGCCUCCGCGAGGCGCUGCAGCGGGCACCGCUUGUCGAUGUCACCCUUACGCCCGGCCUUGGCCAUGCCCCUCGCGCCCCGCCCGGGCGUCCCGCUCAGGGCCGCCUGCAGCUCGCGCACCCGGCGGUUGAGGUACUCCUCGUCCAUGCGAAAGGCCACGUGCAGGGGCUCCAUCGGGAGGCGCAGGCGCUCCGGCGGGGCGGGCAGGCGGCAGACGAGCUCCAGGGCGAGGCACAGCCGGACCAGGCGCAGCCACACCAGCAGGUCGGCCGGCGUGUCCCGCAUGCCGCCGGGGGCGGCGGCCGCUGCGCCACCCGCGUGGCCGGC